AUGGCGCAGGCUGAGAUGGUGGUGCGCACCAUCCUGCGCAAUGUGCUCGACAUCUGUGAGGCGAAAAACGUCUCCAUCGUGCAGUCGCUGGAACGAAGCACUGCUCAGGCCCUGAUCGGCAACCUCCUGGUGACCAUUUGCCUGCAACGUUGCGUCUUCUGGCUCAGAUCAUACAUGGCCUGCCCGUCUUCCUUUAACAUCGAAUUCUCUCUCUCCCCCUCGCUCUCUCCCUCUCUCUCGUGGCAGAUCAAAGCCGUCAUUCUCGAUCCCAACAGUGGCUUCAGCCCCGACCAGACGCUCGCGCCCCAGCAUAUCACCGCUCUCACCGAGCAAGUGGCAGACAUGCUGCUCACCAACAACGUGGGUGUGCAAGCUGUUGUCCUUCAAGUCAUUUUCGGUGCCAAUUUCAAGACCAUCGAGCAAGUGAGCCGUGCGGUAGCGCAAGAAGCCAACGAAUUGGUGGCAGACAUUGAGCGCGAUGUGCUCAAUGCGCGGAUCGGCACCCGUGAUGACCUGGAAGCCCUAUACCGCAAUAUUGUCAGCUAUGUUCUUCUGCGCUCACAGCUCGGCUCGCCCACUGACCUCACGGUCGUAAAAGAAACAACAGCGGCGCUUGAAUCGGUGUUACCUCCUGAGGACCUGGGUACUUUUGUCAAGAUGACUCGCACCGAUAAAAAGACGCAACUCUUGGACUUGACCAUCAUCUGCAUGGGCAUUCGCCUUUUCAGUCGCUACCUGAACAAGGGCGGCCGUAACAUCCCCGAUGUCCCAGCCGAACUGCAGCGACAAUUUGGAAAGUUUGCAACCGAGGCGCGUGCCAUCUACCAGCAGUGCGGCAAUCUCGCCACCAGAAUGGCCGAUUACCUGCACAACAAGGCGGCGGCGGAUAACGAGGGCACCGCCGAGAGCGCAAAAAUGUACACCAUUCUGGCACGCCAAGUCAUGGGCCAUCUCGAAGCCUGCUCGCUUCUCGAGGAUAUCCAAAGCUUAUGUCAAAUUAUGGACGAGCUGCCCGCAGCUCUGCAAGAAACCUUUGAAGACGUACCGUUUGUGCACGAGAUUGAUGCUCGCUUACAGUGGACUUUCAACCGAGCCAUCGUUACGGCCUUGAGCCACGCGGGGUUGCCUGCUCCUGAUGAUAUCAAGGCCGCCGCUCCGGAGCGUCAGCAGGAGCAUGUGCGUCUAUCCGAGCUUCGCCAAGCCAAGGAUCAUGUUGAGCUGCUGAUGGAGUCGUCUACACACGACUUUGAUCAUCUGCCCUUGCAAUUGGCUGGCUACUGUCCAGUGACCCUGGUGGAGAAGGGAGCUCUCAUUCCCGGACAACGCUAUCUUGGACUCAUCCGCCGAGGCAACCUCCUCUAUAAUUUUGCUUCACGAGAAGCCCUGAUUGCUUUUGUCCGCGACCCUGAAGCGGUUUUAACUGGAGUCAUGAAUGCGGCCCGUACCACGCUGGCACUGCUUGAAGUGCUGCGUCUGCAUCAUCGCCUUACGAGCAUGACCUCAGUCCAGCAAGCCCAAGCUGGGAUGCAAGCUUCCCUGGCCGUCAAGAAGGACAGCAGCUGCCAGACGGAGCUGCACCCGAUUGAGAGUCACAUUGACAAGAACUACGAGUGGAAUGAAUGGGAGCUGCGUCGCAAGGCGCUGAAACUGGCUGACCUGCGCCGCAAGCAAACCCAUUCCACGCAAACCCAUCUCUCGCACUUUCGUCGCGAGAACAGCACGCAGGUGUACUUGCCCAAAACAAAGAGCAUUCAAACCCGCAAGGAUGGCUACACCAACACGAGCAAGCCAGUGACGUAUGUCCGAGGUCUGCGUGGACCGCGGGGACCACGUGCCGAGCCGCCCGAAGUCGUGGAUCUGACCCUACGUGUCGGUGGGUUUGCAAUGGAACCCAUCAGCAAGUAA